AUGGCGUCGUGUUUGAGUUCAGGGAAGAAAGCAAAGCGUGAGAGCACAAUGGGGCCUAAUUGGCUUGAACUUCCAAAAGAGCUAACUACAAACAUACUUCAAAGGCUAGGUGUUGCUGAAAUUGUGACAAGUGCAAGUCAAGUGUGCUCUUUGUGGUGGAACAUUUGCAAGGAUCCACUCAUGUGGCGCACUAUUGACAUGAGCGAAGACUCCAACCAUCCAAACUAUAAAUUUGAGAUGAUUUGUCGCAAUGCCAUUGAUCGAAGUUGCGGUCAUCUAGAAGAUAUUAGUAUUGGAAGAUUUGCCACUAAUGAUCUUCUCAAAUACAUAGCUGAUAGAACAAACCGCCUACGUUGCUUCCAGCUUCAAAAAUGCAUGGCUAUUUCAGACAAAGGAUUGAUUGAAGUUGCUAAGAAGCUUUCACAGUUAGAGGAGUUUGACAUUUCAUAUACCAACCUAACUAAGGAUUCUCUGAAAGCUAUUGGCCGAUGUUGCCCUAAUUUGAAAGCAUUAAAAUUUAAGCCAUACGGAGUUCUCUAUGAUGCGGAUGCGGAUGCGGAUGCGUUUGCUAUUGCAGAAACCAUGCCUAAGCUACGCCAUCUACAAUUUGUUCAAAACCGUUUCAGCAAUGAAGGCUUGGAUGCCAUUCUUGAUGGUUGUCCUCUUCUUGAAUAUCUUGACCUGGGAUUUUGUCAUAAUAAAACUUAUUUGACAUCCAAGAAAAUCAUAUCAAUGAGACCUGGCUUUCACUUUACUUCCAGGAUAAUGAUUACUGAUGGGUGCAUGAUUAUUGGUUUUACUGAGGUAAAUGAAGAGAAUAUUUCUCAAUUUAUCGAUGUAUAACUGGCAGAGAUUAUUGGAUGGGAAAUGAUUAUUUUGGUUGUA